UUGCUAUCAUCACUAUGGGCUCCUACUAUCCAAUCCACUCUCAACAGGCACUAUCAACCUCACCUACCCAGCACCUUCCCUUGUGGCUUGUACUAUUAAAACUACCAAUAAAAAAAAAAACCCUUCCUCUUGGGACUUAUUAUGUGGCGCAAAAAGAAUUCAAAACAAGAACAUCUCAUCUUCACCAACAAAAAACACUGCAGUUCUAUGGUUUCUAGUGUACUCUCCUUAAAAGGAAAGAAUGUCUCUUGUUGUUGAAAGCAAUGCGCUUUUCAAAGAUUAAGUGACUAAGCUCAAGAAACUUAUGAGAAAGAUUUGAUUUCGAGCGUACCCAUCUGUCAAAAAUGUAUAAAAUUCCAUUUGAAAUCAAGCAAAAAGAUGGUAGUUUGGUAUACCCACCUCCUCAGUCAUCUCUCUCUGCUCCAUAUUUUAGUACUAACUAUGAGACAGAAGCAACCCCAACAUCAUCUUUCAACAGAAUUAGUCCAGUACUUCUUUUGCUUAUAGUAAUUCUAGCAGUAAUCUUCUUCAUCUAUGGUCUUCUCCAUUUACUUGUAAGAUUUUGUAUGAAAGUGCCAUCUUCUUCAGCUGUUUUUCAAUCAAAUAGAUACCCGGAAACCUCUGGCUCCCAUACUUUCCAAAGACAGCUUCAACAACUCUUUCGCUUACAUGACUCAGGUCUAGACCAAGCUUUCAUUGAUGCUCUACCAGUAUUCUACUACAAAGAUAUAAUGGGUUUGAGGGAGCCAUCUGAUUGUGCUGUUUGUUUAUGUGAAUUUUCUGACCUUGACAAGCUAAGGUUGCUUCCAACGUGUAGUCAUGCUUUUCAUACUGAGUGUAUAGAUGUAUGGCUUCUUUCAAACUCAACAUGCCCUCUUUGUAGAGGGACUCUAUCGGCCUCUGGCAAUUCUAUGGAAAUUCCAGCACUUAAUUUUGCUGUUUCCAGGGAGCAAUCAAAUAGGUUUCCUAGUAAUGGAGAGAAUAGGUCUUCUAGUAGUCAGAACCCAAUAAAUAUAGAGGAAGCUGUUUGCGAAAAGAGGGUAUUUUCUGUGAGACUUGGGAAGUUCAGAAGCUUACAUGAUGAUGGGGUAGGUAGUGGAAGGAGAGAAGGGGAAACAAGUAGCUGUAAUUUGGAUGCUAGAAGAUGUUAUUCAAUGGGCACAUAUCAGUAUGUGGUCGAUGAUUCAAAUCUACAAGUGGCAUUAUCUGAUAGUAGUGGUGUUGGUGAUGGAGGUAGUAAUGUGAAUCAUGUCAAUGAAAGAGGAUACCUUGCAAAUUUUUCAGAUACCGGGGAUGUGGAGGGAAAGAAAAUCAUUGGCCACACCAAAGGUGAGAGCUUCUCCGUAUCCAAGAUCUGGCUUUGGUCAAAGAAGAGCAGAUUUCCAAGUUCUUCGAACAAUCGUAUGGAUUUGUUGCCUUCUCUUAAUGCAAGUCUCCCAAUUAAUAAUGAUGAAACUCAUGCUGUAUAGAAGGUGCAUGACUAAAUUUUUUGUGUUCUCUCUUGAUUAAUCAAUCACACACGUAUAAGCUAGUAAUGUUGUGUUCUGUUUUUCUCAUUUCUAGUUAUAAUGUAAAGAUAUAACUCUUAUUUAAAAAUUUUCUCAUCUUUUGCCAAAAGUUUCAAGGACAGUAUGUUGCAGUAAUGAAAUUAAAGAU